CUUUCAUUGAGCGCAGGGCGCCAGAUCCAGCGGGCCUUUCUUUUGGGAACUCCUUCCUUUCACAACAACACCUCAGAAAGAAGCAAUCAAUCGAGGGCCACCGGGAUAUCGAUCGUUCCCUUCACUUUUGCACUGAGACGCGUUUGAGACGAUGCUGGCUGUGCUGUUUAUCGCUGCCUUUGCAGCGGCCGCGCGCGCGAGUGAUGUGCUGGAGUACACGGAUGAUGAUUUUGACAGCAAAAUCGGAGACCAUGACCUUAUUCUGGUGGAGUUCUUCGCACCCUGGUGUGGCCAUUGCAAACGUCUUGCCCCUGAAUACGAGGCAGCCGCCACUCGGCUAAAAGGCAUCGUCUCACUGGCUAAGGUGGACUGUACCGCCAAUUCCAACGUGUGCGGCAAAUAUGGCGUGAGCGGUUACCCGACCCUGAAGAUUUUCAGAGACGGAGAGGACUCCGGUAGCUACGACGGUCCCAGGACGGCAGAUGGAAUUGUUAGCCACCUGAAGAAGCAGGCUGGUCCAGCCUCGGUGGAGCUCAAAAGUGAGGCCGAGUUCCAGAAGUUCACCGGGGACCGUGAUGCCAGCGUUGUGGGAUUCUUCGCUGAUGGAGGAAGUGCUGCUCAGGGAGAGUUCCUGAAGGCUGCCAGCGCUUUAAGAGAGUCCUACCGCUUCGCCCACACUAACGUAGAGGACUUGUUGAAGAAGCAUGACGUCGAUGGAGAGGGUAUUAUUUUGUUCCGACCACCUCAUCUCAGCAACAAAUUUGAAGAUGCCAGUGUGAAAUUCACUGAAGACAAAUUCACAAGCCCAAAGAUCAAGAAGUUCAUUCAGGAUAACAUUUUUGGCAUCUGUCCCCACAUGACUGAUGAUAACAAAGACCAGCUGAAAGGCAAAGACUUGUUGGUGGCUUACUAUGAUGUGGAUUAUGAGAAGAACCCCAAGGGUUCCAACUACUGGAGGAACAGAGUAAUGAAGGUGGCUAAGGGCUUCCUGGACCAGGGGAAGAAGCUCAGCUUCGCUGUGGCCAGUAAGAACGGCUUUAGCCAUGACGUGUCUGAGCUGGGUCUGGACGGCAGCAGUGGAGAGCUGCCUCUUGUCGGCCUCCGUACUGCCAAGGGAGACAAAUACGUCAUGAAGGAGGAGUUCUCUCGUGAUGGAAAGGCCUUGGAAAGGUUCCUGCAGGAUUAUUUCGAUGGAAACCUGAAGCGUUAUCUAAAAUCAGAGCCUGUUCCUGAGAACAACGAUGGCCCUGUGAAGGUUGUUGUGGCUGAAAACUUUGAGUCGAUUGUAAAUGAUGAGAGCAAAGAUGUUCUCAUUGAGUUUUACGCCCCCUGGUGUGGACACUGCAAGAGCCUGGAGCCUAAAUACAAAGAACUCGGAGAGAAGCUUUCUGACGAUCCAAACAUCGUCAUCGCAAAGAUGGAUGCCACCGCUAAUGACGUCCCCUCUCCAUAUGAAGUUAGAGGAUUCCCCACAAUCUAUUUCUCCCCCGCUGGUCAGAAGCAAAGUCCAAAGAAAUAUGAGGGAGGUCGUGAAGUCAGCGACUUUCUUUCCUACCUGAAAAGAGAGGCCACAAACACCGUGGUGGUGCAAGAGGACGAGAAGAAAUCAAAGAAGAAGAAGAAGUCCGAGUUAUAAACAAUCACAGCCCAACAAGCGAGGAGGGAAUUUUUUGCAGGAGACUUAAAUUAUAUUCCAAUCUUUAGUGAAGCGAGUGCUCUGACCCACGUCACAAUGUCGGCCCUCUCUUGGGCCUGCUGCUCUGGGAACACUGUGGAAGGUUGUGACGGCCAGACCAUGUGUGAUUUUUAGAUAAGUGAAAGAGGUACAGAUCUGUCAAAUUGAGAUUGUUUUCCCUACACUGUACCUUGGAGAGAUGCACUUUUGAGACCAAUUCUACAUGUUUCUUUCUCAUGGAAAAGGGGGAUUUGGUGAAUUAUUUUUCCUUUUUUGUACCAUGUUGGUUUGUUUUUUUUGUUUUUUUUUUUUUUUUUUUUUUUGUACGUUUGGAAGGAUUGUGAAAAAAUAAAAGACCCACUAAACCUA